AAGGAAGAAAGAAAACAAGAAAGAAUAAAAAAGAUGGCUCGUACCAAACAAACUGUUCGUAAGUCCACCGGAGGAAAGCUCCCCAGGAUGCAACUUGCUACCAAUGUUGCUCGUAAGUUUGCUCCUACAAUAAGUGGAUUGAAGAAGCCUCACAAAUACCGCCCUGGUACUGUUGCGCUUCAUGAAAUCUGUAAGUAUCAGAAGAGUACUGACCUCAUGAUCAGGAAGCUCCCAUUCCAGAGACUUAUUCGUGAAAUUGCCCAGAACUUCAAGAAAGAUCUGUGUUUCCAAAGUCAUGUUGUGUGGGCUCUACAAGAGGCAGCGGAGGCCUACCUGAUUGGUUUGUUUGUGGACACCAAUCUUUCUGCCAUUCACGCCAAGAGUGUGACCAUUAUGCCCAAGGACAUUCAGCUUGCUAGGCGCAUCAGGGGCGAGCAUGAUUAAGUUGCUUAGCUAACUUUGAUAACCAAUUCUGAAAUCUACUUCAUGCUGAAAUGCUUCCAACUUAUUUCACUGGUGUGCUACUUGCUUGAUCAUUCAGUAUUGUUGUCUUCUGCAUCAUGUUGAAGUUCCCAUUUUGUAGUAUCUCCAACUAGAAAUAGUAAUAUUUCCAGAAGAUUGAAAUUUCGU